CUUUGCUGUCCUUCAACAGAACUGUACCAUCUCUCUCUGCGACCAAAGAGAAUCAUUUGAUCUUUCGAAUCUCUUCAUUAACCCUGCCAGGGAAUCUUACUCUAAACGGUGAGAUUAGGAAAUGGCGAUUGGACUAAGCACAAUGCUGGAAAAAACAGAGACUCUGUUGGGGUCAGAUCACGCAUCAGUUGUCUCCAUGAACUUGUUCGUUGCUCUGCUUUGCGCUUGCAUCGUGCUCGGUCACUUACUCGAGGAGACUCGUUGGAUGAACGAGUCUAUCACAGCUCUUAUCAUCGGUUCAUGUACUGGUAUUGUGAUCUUGCUUAUAAGUGGAGGCAAGAGCUCAAGGAUUCUUGUGUUUAGUGAAGAUCUCUUCUUCAUUUAUCUUCUUCCACCAAUUAUAUUCAAUGCUGGGUUUCAGGUUAAGAAGAAGCAGUUUUUCCGCAACUUCAUGACCAUUAUGUUAUUUGGUGCUAUUGGUACUCUCAUUUCAUUUGUUAUCAUAUCAUUAGGUGCUAAACAUUUUUUCGAGAAAAUGAAUAUCGGAGAUCUUACCAUUUCGGAUUAUCUAGCCAUUGGAGCAAUAUUCUCUGCUACAGACUCUGUUUGCACUUUGCAAGUGCUUAAUCAAGACGACACACCUCUCUUGUACAGUCUGGUCUUUGGAGAAGGUGUAGUGAACGAUGCAACAUCGGUCGUGCUCUUCAACGCAAUACAGAGAUUUGACCUCACAAACAUCAAUUCAACCAUAGCUUUGGAGUUUGCUGGAAACUUCUUCUAUCUCUUCAUCUUAAGCACAGCACUUGGUGUCGCAGCUGGAUUGCUCAGUGCUUUCGUUAUCAAGAAGCUCUAUAUCGGAAGGCACUCCACUGAUCGUGAAGUUGCACUUAUGAUGCUAUUGGCUUACUUAUCAUACAUGUUGGCAGAGCUAUUCCACUUAAGCUCUAUCUUGACUGUGUUCUUCUGCGGAAUUGUUAUGUCUCACUACACAUGGCACAAUGUAACAGAUAAAUCUAAAGUUACUACAAAACACACUUUUGCUGCAUUGUCAUUUCUAGCUGAGAUUUUUAUCUUCCUUUACGUUGGAAUGGAUGCUCUUGAUAUCGAGAAAUGGGACGUUGUACGUAACAGUCCUGGUCAGUCGAUUGGAGUGAGUGCAAUACUUCUUGGGCUUAUUCUUUUGGGUCGUGCCGCCUUCGUGUUCCCACUAUCCUUCUUGUCAAAUUUGACAAAGUCUUCACCGGAUGAGAAAAUAGAUUGGAAGAAACAAGUAACCAUUUGGUGGGCUGGUCUGAUGCGUGGUGCAGUUUCAAUGGCUCUUGCUUAUAACCAGUUCACAACUUCAGGACACACCAAGGUUCUUGGAAACGCUAUCAUGAUCACCAGCACCAUCACCGUCGUUCUUUUCAGUACUGUGGUGUUUGGUUUGCUAACCAAACCGUUAGUCAAACACUUGCAGCCUUCAUCAAAACGGUCCUCCACGACCGCUUUGCAGAUCACGCCGGGAUCUUCUUUCCAUGAUCCGCUCCUCAAUGGCGGUAGUAGCUACGAGCCAUUGCUGAGUACCCAAGGCCAGUCAGAGUACACCAUUGAUCAACCGAUCAGCCUUAGAAUGUUCUUAAACACUCCGUCCCGAGCCAUUCAUCAUUACUGGAGGAAAUUUGAUAACGCGGUUAUGCGUCGCAUAUUUGGCGGCAGAGGCGUUUCUCCUAUAGUUCCGGGUUCACCAGUUGAGACUAGUGUUCGGCAGUGGAGUGAAGAAGCAGAAAUCAAGGAACAAAACGGUGAACCUUGAUGGACCAUAUAUUGAUAUGGGUAAAAGAUCUUUGACUUGUUGAUCGCGUUUUUGGGAGUUUGUUGGACGCAAACGCAACCGGGACUGGCUCUCAUUUUUUUGCCUCCAGUUUUGGUAAUUGGUACCAUGGUUUUUGCUCUAUGGGCGGCGCUUGAUGAUGUGAUUUUUUCUCCGGUUUGAUUUUGGUUUGUGGUGUGGUUUUAGUAGAGCCGGUCCAAUUUUGUGGUUUGGGUUUUGGGUGUUUGGUUUAGCGGUUUUCUUGUGAGAUUGUAAUUCUCUUUGUAAAUAGGGGCUGAUAUAGGGGUGGUGACUUGAGUGCACGUAGACGUUAGCGGCUGCGUUUUGAGAUACGGCGUUUGCGUUGAGGGGUCGUUUUCUCUAAAGUUUGUGUACACUUUUCUCGUACUUGUUAUACGAAAAUUACAUACGAAUCUUUAAAAUGUUCAUAAUUUAUUA